CUGACCAAUCAGGCAAGCGACAACCCACCCGCCUGGAUCACGUGCCCGCUGCUGCGGCGCUGUCUCCUCGCGUUUGCCCUUCCGCGCCCGAAGUGAGACGAGAGGUUGUUUGGGGGUGGAUGGGAGACCCGCUAGUCAUCCCUGAAAUGCUGGGGAGGGGAAAAAUAAGAUACUUCUUGCGGCUGGUGCCCGGAAAGCAGUACUUUGGCAUGUACAGAUUCCUUCCUUUCUUCUUUCUCUUUGGGGGAGCCAUGGAGUGGUUUAUGAUCAAUGUCCGGCUUGGUGAAGAGACAUUUUAUGAUGUUUACCGUAGGAAACGCUCAGAGAGACAGUAUGAGCAGAGGAUGGAAGAAAGAUGAAUUUUGCACUGAACCAUUUUGACAGAAAAACCCUGAGCUCUUGAAUCCUGUGAAUCAUAGUUUAGAGAAUUGUCACUCCUGUUAAAUGCAUUCACAAGACUACAUCUCUGCAAGUUGGACUGUAAUGGAUUCAGCGCCAGGUCUAUGAAACAUGGUUUUCCAAAGUAUUUUUAGAAUGUAUUUUUUCUUCACCCACUUCAGAAUCUUUUCCAGUAAUAUUUUCUGAAUAGAAGGGUGAAGAAUGUUGUUUGUGGAAAGCUCUGUUAAAUGAACAAAACUGAAUAAACAAAGUACUACUGCUUCUUUCCUA